GUGAGUGAGCAAAGAAAACCAAAGAGAGAGAAAGCAAGAGUCCUAUACAGUGUUCUCCCUACUCUCUGCACCCCACACCGCCAUUCGCUCUUCCAUUUCGUGUACGGAUCUCUGUAAUUGCAUUCCAGAGGAUCUUGGUGUGCAGCAGCUGGCUUUCGGACCAAAGGAAACUGCCGGGAAUUGUGGACAACCCCUUGAAGAGGAAAGAACAAAAGGGGAACCUAGCAGUGGAUGGCAUAGGAGCUUGAUUUGUCCUCUCUUUCUCUCAUAGCGUCAGAGAAGGUUUAUCUUCGUGCUCUCCUCCCUGUUUUUGAAACUGUCAAGCUGUCAGUAGCUGCAUACUGACAGGCCAUGUGUGCGUAAAUAAAGCUCUGUGCUCUUAUAGGCUGGGCAUCAAGCCAGCAGGGGGACCCUGGAGGUGCAGCACUUUGAGAAGCACUGCCUGACUAGAUCAACAAGUCUGACAUGAGACAGCUCCUCUGAAAGGCAUCCCACAUAUAAAGCUGCUAAACAGUGGUGUGUGUGCUGGAGUUAGUAGGAAUGAGUGUGGCACCGAAACGGAUGAGACGGCCUGGAGAACCAGAAGACAAGAGAGCAUGUGUGGGUGUAUGUACUGCGUUGGAAUUGUUUUCACCCGGCUGUGCCUUCAACUCCGUCCACGUUUUGAAAGCCACACGUGCACGUAACAGUGUUUAUCUUUCUGUCAUCAGUGCUUUGGAUCAUGGGCGUCUCUGUCUGCGUCUUCUGGUCUAGCCUUUCAUGCAAGAAUGUAAUGUAUCAGAUCACUUUAAAGUCUGACUGAAGCGAUUCAGUGUUCCUCUCGGAUUGCAAGAAGAUCAUGCUAUAUUUUUUAUGUGAUAAUUUGUAUUGGCUAUAAUGGCCGAAGGAGCUUUAUUGUUGAAAUGAAGGCUGCUGCUGAUGGCCCCCUCGGUAGCAUCUUGUUUUUUUUAAAGUCUAAUUUGUUUUUAGUGGAAUCCUUUGUGUUGGCCGUACUCUGCUACUGGAGCGUAACUUUGCUGAAUUAAGCUAUUGUCUGAACUGAGUGUUCCGUCACGCUGCUCCUUCUACACCCCCUGCAACCCCAAAACCAAGCAAGACCACCCCCUCCCUCCGUCCCUCCCUUCCUCCCUGGUCCCUUCAUCUGUCCUUACUGAUCCUCCUACACACCUCCUCUUCUUCAAUCCUCAUGGUGAAGAAGCUGAAGUGUGUAUGUGAGUGUAAAUGUGUGCAUGCCUCUCCUUGCAUGUGAAGCCGUAACUCUAAGCCUGGAUUAGAUAUCUAGAAGGUAGUGAGCAGCUGGUUAUGUUUUUUCAGUAUUAAUGCCUGACCAGAAGGACAAUUUGCUCUUGAGGAUUGUUCAGAUUUGAGCAGUUUGCAUGAACCACACUGCAUGUGGCACCCGAGGGAAAGGAGAGACCUAAAGCACCGCUUCUGUUGAGACUAGCCAUGUCGGGCGUGUAAGUGUGAGGUUUGGGAGUCAGGAGGGGAGGUGGUGAGCGGUCAUGAAGAAAACGCGCAGCACCACUCUACGCAGGGCCUGGCCCAGUUCAGACUUCUCUGACCGGGCCUUGGAACGCACCCGUUCCCGCAGCGAGAAGGACUAUCGACUCUAUAAGCACUACCCUAAGGCUUUUAUUACCCACUCAAUAUCCCAUUCGCCCAGGAUUUACAUGCCUGCAGGUGAUGUGUCUCCGAUCAGCAUGUCUCCUAUCAGUCAGUCCCAGUUCAUCCCGCUGGGGGACAUCCUGUGCCUGGCCAUCUCGGCCAUGAACUCUGCACGCAAGACCGUCACACAGGAGACCCUCAUCGAGCAUCUCGCUACAUGCUUCCCAGGAGUCCCAACUCCAAGCCUUGAGGUCCUGCGUCAUACUCUCAACAUGCUGGUCCGGGAGCGCAAGAUUUAUCCAACCCCAGAGGGCUAUUUCAUUGUUACCCCACAGACAUACUUCAUCACACCCUCCCUCAUUCACACCAAUAGCAAGUGGUAUCAUCUGGAUGAGAGGAUACCAGGGGGUAUGCAGCCGUGCUCUUCCCCUCCCUCCAGCACUAUGACGCCCUCUGCCUCAGGCUGUGUCAGGGAACGAUCACACCAUAAGAACCAUGCCGACCCCUACAGCGAUGGCUACCGGGAGGAUAUGCCCAAUACACACAACUCCACAUUGCAGAGAAGGUCCAAGGAGCACAAGGAACCCCCACAUCCAGUGUCUCCUCCUCCUCACCAGUCCUCAGAGAAGAACAAAAGUGCACUCAGCUUCGCUUUCAAGACAGAAGGUAGCAACAGCAGGCAGAAGGAUGGGAGCAGCAGCGGUGGGGGCAGUGAGAAGCAAUCAAAGAAGUUUGGCCUGAAGCUUUUCCGGCUGAGCUUCAAGAAGGACAAGUCGAAGCAUCUUGCAACUUUCUCUGCCCAAUUUCCUCCUGAAGAGUGGCCUCUAAGGGACGAGGAGACACCUACCACUGUCCCACGAGAUGUGGAGAUGGAGAUCAUCCGACGGAUCAACCCAGACCUGACAGUUGAGAAUCUGGCUCGGCAUACAGCCGUGAUGAAGAGGCUAGAGGAGGAAAAGGCUCAGAGAAGCAAAGCUAACUCGUCAGCUCAACAGAGCACUCGCAGCAAACGCAGCCGUAGUCAUCGCAAGGCCCAACAGGGCAAAUCCUCCCGAUCCCACAGCAAAACACGUGCCUCUAGAGGGGAACGCUCUGAAGGCUCUAAUCUGGAUAUAUCUUAUGACCGGGACUACAGGUUCUACAGCUCCUCUCUGGUGCGUUCUCCAAGAGAGACUAUGAUGUCCAUGGAGAGGAACCGGGGAAAAUACAUGGUGCAUAGCAACCCAAACAUUGUGGAGUCACACUUCACUACAGCACCGGAGUGGGACGUGUCUGGAGAGCUAGCCAAGAGAAGGACAGAGAUGCCCUUUCCAGAACCAUCCAGGGCACAGUCACAUUCCAAAGUCCAUCGCAGCCACAGCCACACCCAGGAAAGGAAAUCUCGGAAUGAAAGGUCAGAUAAGGCUAAAGAGAGGUCACGCUCCAUGGACAAUUCCAAGGGCCCUCUAGGAGGACCAUUCUUAGGCACUGUUGAUGAUUUUGAGUGCAGUCCAGAUGACCGGAAUCGGUAUUACACUGAUGAUGGGACUUUGAGGGCAUCUGCCCAGAAGAGCCACUACUCUCGUGCUAUGCACUCUGCUGCUAGGUUAAACUCUGACAUUUGUGUGCCUGACGUUGGGAGGGGGGGCCCUGAGGAUGCCAUGCACUGUAGAACGCUGGAGAAGAGUAAAAGCAAAGACUGUUUAACGGCCUUCACUGAGCUUAAGGCCUGCUCCCUAAAAACAUCUGUGGAUGACUAUUUCCAGCAUACGGCAGUGAGUGAGGCAUCCUACUCUGCUCCUUCUUCUCUGGUAAAAUCCAGCCAUGAAUUUACAGAUGGCGUUUGGAAAGGGAUUCCUUCUGAACGUACAGCUCCAAUUCUGACCUCACCUCGCCCUGUAGAGUAUAAUGACGAUUCAACAAUGGGACAGAACAGUAUAACAUUAUCGGUGUCGAACCAGAUGCCAGAGCCUUUGCCCAAUGGACGCUUGAUGCACCAACACAACCCUGACUCAGGUGACUUGGACAAAAUGGCAGAGGUUUACAACCAAGAGACUUUGUUCAAACCUGUGGACUAUGUGGAAAGCAGUUUCUCCAGGCCAGGUACGAUGCGCAAAUCUCCACACUCAAAGUCCAUGGAGGUACUGGAGAACCAGGAACACUUUGAGGAUCCUCUUCCGUUAUCUGUACCAACAUCCUCCGCUCAAGAGCAGGCGUCGUGUAUGGAAACCACCUUUGACUACUACAACGUAUCAGACGACGACUCUGAGGACACCAGCCAUAAGAACAAAGUGGAGGAGAAAGUUCUGGAAGGUGGUGGGACGAUGAAGUGGCUUCUGGAGCGGGAGAAGGAGCGAGACCUCCAGCGCAAGUUUGAAAAGAACCUCACUUUUCUCAGUCCCAAAGAGGGCGAGAGCAGCAACAGCCAGAAGUCGGCCCACUCCACACGUCUGGACAGCAUGGACUCCAGCAGUGUGACUGUGGACAGUGGAUUUAAUUCCCCACGCACUCGCGAGAGCCUUGCUUCCAACACGUCAAGCAACGUGGACAAUAACCGGCGACAGAACAUGGUUCUGAGUCCCAGGCACAUGGGCACCAAGAGACCCCCGCCUCCGUACCACGUCCCUUCUUUCCGGCCCGUUCCCGAGCCGCCAGCCACUCGUCCAGAGAAACAGGCCUCUAUUACCAGCGUGUAGACGAGGAGCCAGAGCACGGAAGAUGGGACGACUCAUUAAUCGCACUGAAGCAGUGUCAAUUGAAUUGAAAACCACACACAUUAAAACGUUAUUUUAGGAACCUUGGUAUUGGUUUAAAAGAAACACACACUCUUCAUAAUGACUUUGUUGUAUGAAACUGCUCUCGUGAUUCGAUUCAAAUUUGUCGAUCUAAGGAGCUACGGGUCUCCGUAACCCUUUUGCAGAUUUGCCUCUGGCGACUCGUUCUCUACCGUGUUCAGUGUUGGUUCUCUACUCUCAGGUCAAUUGUAGUUCCACACCUUGUUCCGUGAAGAUGGAGAUCUUUCCAGAUGUUUCCGUGCAGAGACCGGUGUUUUCUCACGACCCGGAUCCCAUUCCUACACCUCGGUCAAUCGGUUUUACAAAAACCCUUCUGUUUAUAGCAGAAUUGUGAUCAUUAUGGGGGGAAAAAAAUACCAAAAGGAAUAUUUUUCAUACAUACGCAUCAAGCAUCCAUUGUGUAAAAAAAUAAAACAAACAAAAGCAAACCCUUGACAAAUUCAUACGAAUUUUGAUACAACAGGUGCUAUUCUCCUCUUGGCUCUGUAGCUAGGACAGGACAGAAAUAUGGAUCCUCCCCACCAGCUGUUUUUCUGGUCAGUUUUCUAUUUAAAAAAAAAAACCCGGUGCUCUGAACUACUGAACAAGACGACGGAAGAAAAACAAAAACCACCACACACACACAUUCACACAAACACACACACACACACACUGCUACCUCCACAUUUGUACGAUGUACGAUGGCGAAUAGUGACACGAAUGGCGUUUCUUCCAUUUGGUCAAGCCCACGGUUUUGCAGCUUGCAAUCUGUGACUGAGCUGUGGGCGCUUUCUGAGCCGAGACAGACGGUGAAGGUGCUAAUGUUACAAGUGCUAGAAAUCGAAUUUACAAUUCUUUACGAUCACGAGCUUGAAAGAAUACAGAUCUCCUUUAAUCAUCUGCUUUGAACAGCUACACCUUUAUCUUGCAUUCCUAUAGAAUUUCUUUUCUCCAGCUCACACACUUUUCCUGAGUUAGUAUCCGAGACAUGUUUGGUGUCUUAACCUUUUAGGCUUUUAGGUAUUACUCUCCAGGCUAACGGUGUCGAGUUGUUCAGCAUCUCAUGUAACACAUGGUUUCUGACACUGUAUGACACACUGUUAGUUAGGAAAAAAAUGGACGACGGCGAGCCUUUUGGAAUUCCGUCUCGUAUGUUGAAAUUGUAGGUCAGAGGAGCAUCGGAUGAUUGCAUACAAGUGGAAAAGCUUUCGAGCGUGAGCGUUGUAUUAUGGCUCACACGCAUACAGUAUUGCACUUAAGUCUACACUUUUGUGUUUAUGGACAUGUUUAUUGAUCACUCUCGCUCCAUGUGGACUAAAAAUGGGUGCUUUAUAUUAAAAGAAUUACAAACAAAGAUCAAUGUCUUGAUAUUUGACCGUGAUUGUAUCCACAUCUAGGCUGAUUAGUACGGGACGGUGUGAGAAAACUGUGGAUGCUGUGAAAGUUUGAAAGUUAAAAUUGAAAACUUUCUUUUACUUAAAGCAUUUUCCUAUUUGAUUUACAUGCUCAAUGUUCUUGAGCCUCAAAGAUCCAGUACAAAAACUGAAAAAUAAGACACCAAACAUGUUUUUAUUGACUACAAGGGUGUUUUUAUAUAUAUA